UCCCGGGUUUCCAAGUCUCCCUUCAGGAAUUCAACUUUUCCCUCAUAAAUAAUUAACGCGCUUAACUUUUCUCAUUGUCUCCCCAGUUCCCUCUGUUUCUGUGCUUGCUCUUUCCACAAUCUCAUUUCAUCAUUAAUCCCUUUUCAAUAGACACGCAUACUGGUGAAGAUGGGCGCUUUUGGUAGAGUUAUUGUAAUGAUGGCUAUAGUAAUGUUAACCAGAGUUUCUGCGGAUCCAGAUAUGCUUCAAGAUCUUUGUGUUGCUGAUCUCACUUCUGCUGUGAAGGUGAAUGGAUUUACUUGUAAGUCCAAUGUCACUGCAGAGGACUUCUUCUUCGCUGGCCUAGCUAAAUCCGGAGCCACCAAUAACUCCAUGGGAUCAGUGGUUACGGCAGCUAAUGUGCAGAAAAUUCCGGGCCUCAACACCCUCGGCGUGUCACUUUCGCGCAUCGACUAUGCCCCGGGUGGCCUAAAUCCGCCUCACACCCAUCCGCGAGCCACUGAGAUAGUUUUCGUGCUGGAAGGUGCACUGGAUGUGGGAUUCAUCACCACAGCCAAUGUCCUCUUUUCCAAGUCUAUCAAAAAGGGUGAAAUCUUUGUUUUCCCUAAGGGCUUAGUUCACUUCCAGAAGAACAAUGGUAAGGUGGCUGCCGCCGUGAUUGCAGCCUUCAACAGCCAGUUGCCGGGGACUCAAUCCAUUGCCGCCACAUUAUUUGCUGCUUCACCACCAGUGCCUGAUAAUGUUCUCACAAAGGCAUUCCGAGUUGGUACAAAGGAAGUUGACAAAAUCAAGUCCAAAUUUGCACCCAAAAGUUAGAAUCUUGGUACGUAAGAUCGAUAUUCUUGGCUAAUGUUUGUUGCUGAUAAAAAUUUAAAAUUUAGGGGUAGCGUGCGUGCGUGUGUUUGUACUAGAGAUUUCUUUCUUUUGUUGACAAUAAAACUUGAAUAUUUGUAAUAAUCAUCUGUGUGUCGUAGACAUUUGUUUUAA